UGAGGGCUUAUUAAUUUAGGGUUCGGUAGUCAAUCCGUCGCCGCCCGCCGCCGGGAAUCGAAGCGCAAGACAAGAUGACGCCGCGUGACAACGGCACCGCCGCCGUCCACGGCGACAACGGCGAAGAGAAGACGACGAAGAAGAAGGUGGUAACCUGCGGCUACAUCUGCGACGAUCCGGUGAUCUUCUUCGUCCCAUGGGGCGGGGGCAUGAGGAAAGACGUCGCCUACGGCAUGUGGCUGCUGUCGCUCGUCUACGCCGUGCUCUCCCUCUACCUUCUUCUAUGGCGCGUUCCCGGCGACCAGCCGCUGACCUGGGUCUGCGCCUUCUCCCUCCUCCUUUGCUCCUACAUGUUCUUCUGGAUCAUCUCCCUGUCAGCCGCCAUCACCAAGCUCGCCGCCUUCACCGGCAUCACCUACGGCGUCCUGCUGGCCUCCGCCGCCGGACAAGUCCUCGGCCCGGUCGCCGGCAUGGCCGCCGUGGUUCUUGACCUGAUCAUCACCACCGGGGUCUUGGGCCACGCCGUCGCCGAGCAUCGGCAGCGCACGGGCAGCGAGAAGGCUGCAGCCGCGCAGCUCACCUGGGAGCUAACGGCGGGUGAAGACGAAGGGUUCUACGUCGACUUCCUCCCGAGCUUCGUCGUCCUCGGCGCGUCCAGCGUCUUCGCGCUGGCGGGCGCGGCGUGGCUGGUCGUCGACGUCGUGGACAGAUUGCCCCCGGAUGAUCCCGUCGCCGCCGCCGCCGCCGUGUUCGAUGUCUCGCUGGGGACGUGGAUCGUCUCCUGCCAGUGGAGCAUGCUUCUCUUCACCGCCGUGCUCCGUGAGCCGUUUGCCGUGAUCAAUGAGGGUAACACCGUGUCCUGCAUGGCUACGGCGUGCUCGGCUGGCCUGUUCAUGCUUGCUGCUUUGCUUCUCGCCGUCUUUGUGUGCAAGAUUCCUGGAAUCUUGGUGGUCUUACUCUCGCCCAUGGCCAUGACUGGAUUUCUUGGUUAUCUCGUCGCCGUCUACUCACACUACAGGUCACUAAGAGGCAAGCUUCAACUCAAGAAGCCUGAGCAUGAUGGCAAGCUCCAAGUCAAGAGUCCGGAGCAUGCUGGCAAGCUUGAAGUCAAGAUCGAAUCCUGAG